GCAUUGCGCGUCUCCCUAGGGUGACGAGGCGAGGUCACAAGUUCCCAAGCACUGCCCCUGAGCAGAUCACACACUUCCUUACAAGAAGGGCGGUCCCUUUACCCGUUACAAAGAGGGAGACACACGGGAUCAGGGGGACGAAGCCUCUAACUCUCUCUCAACGCUGAGCCCGAGUCGCUGAAAGCUCCUGCGUCCGAGAUCCGACAGGUGGAAUGACCAAUCACACUUCACAUACCAACGGCAUGCAGAAUAUCCGAAAAGAGCACCUGUACAAAGUGCUGGUUAUCGGAGACCUGGGGGUCGGGAAGACCUCCAUCAUCAGGCGGUACAUCCACCAGACCUACUCCACCAACUACCGGGCCACCAUCGGAGUGGACUUCGCCCUAAAGGUGUUGAACUGGGACUCUGAGACUGUCCGACUUCAGCUGUGGGACAUUGCAGGUCAGGAACGUUUUGGAAACAUGACAAGAGUGUACUACCGUGAAGCCAUGGGAGCCUUCAUAGUGUUCGAUGUGACGCGGCACACGACCUUUGAGGCCGUCGUCAAAUGGAAAGAGGACCUGGACUCCAAACUAAUGCUGGCUGAUGGACAGAGCAUUGCCACCGUGCUGCUGGCUAACAAGUGUGACCAGGGCAGGGAGUUGACCAACAACGGCAUCAAAAUGGACCAGUUCUGCAAGGACCAUGGCUUCGCCGGGUGGUUUGAGACCUCUGCUAAGGACAACCUCAACAUCGCUGAAGCUGCAAACUUCCUGGUCAAGCACAUAAUGGCCACAGAGAAUGACAUCCUGAAAAGCGUAGUACCAGACACCAUUUCACCUCAGCUAGACUCCAACAGGCAGAUGAGCUGCUCUGGCUGUUUCAAAUAAUGAAAGGAGGGAGCGAUUGGGGGGACCAUACAGAAUGGAGACACAGAAGGACAAAGAGGGACAGGCACACCACAAGAGCCUUAAAGCCAGACCUGCGGUACUGUUUGGCUUCUUUGGUCCAAACAGGAGUUGAAGACUUUAGUUUCCUGCAUGUCUGUGGUUUGUUUGUGUUCUCAGUGCCCAAUUACAGCGAACCAGAGCUUGCAAACUAAAAUCACAUGGACUCAGAAGUUACACAUUUAUUUAAUAGAGUUUUGGUAACUUGUAAGACUGUGAGUUUAAAGUUCUUGGCAGACAAACAAGUACAACUUCAGGUAGGCAUAAUACCCUUAUCUGUGCUCUUUGGCAUUUAAGUAUCAAACUGCCAACCUUACCCUUUGGGCCUCUUUUUAGCCAGUCAAGAUUAUGUUCUCUCUGAAGACAAGUUCACCUGGAAAAGGACUGGGAAGUGGCACAGAUCUGCCUGACCAAACUGAACAAGAAGACUAAAUCCUCCCAGCAUGCUUGAUGCAACACAUCCAAAGGUGUGCAUUAAUGACAGAAUGAAAACAGCAGUUUUGUUCAACUUAAAUCUGAUCUUCAGCAUUUCAAGCAAGUAUUGCAAGUGUUGCUGUCCUCGCUCUAUUUUCGCCUCUACAUGAACUGAAAAUAACUGUGGGAGACACUCAAGCUUCCCUUACAAGAGCCAAAGAAAGCAGUAUUGACCCGUUUCAGUGUAAUUAUGUGAAUUUUGCACAUGCAUUGCUUUUUUUAUUAGGAUUUUUAUUUAUUUACAAUAUGCUUUUAUGAGUGUAAUGCUGCUUAAUGUAUUAUAUUAUUCUGCUGCCUUCUUUCCUUUCUUCUUGCCUACAAUUGACUAUUGUGUAAGCCUUAUUUAAUUAGGCAAUUUAAGCAACAACACAUUUGUAUUUAUAGCAACAACUUGGUCGGGGAGAGCAGCUGCAAAGGGAGGGAGAGUUAAACACACACAAACAUCCUGGAGCUUGCCUUGUGUAACUCGUCUUUCAUGGCCAGUGGGCAGUUCCACUGGAGCAGGCCAGGUUUUUCUUAUCAAAGGUGUGACACCCCUCCCACCAGCUUGGAGACUGUUCUGGCCAGCCUCAGGGGGUGGGAGGUAGUCAGCUGAUUGAGUUCACCUGGGCCCUUAGGCUAUAAAAGCUGCUCCUUGUGCUUCUUCCUGUCUUUCCCUUCCUAUAGCUUACACCCACCCUGCAUUGCUUUCUUGUGGUUUGCGCCUCCGUAUCAAAUUAACCACACAUCCAUACACUGCUGACAUUGCUGAUCCACACACUCCAUUAUUCAUUUGUGUUAACUUUAGUUUAAUAAAUGAGUCUUGUUAUAAGUGAAUCUCUUUUGUUGACUCCCUCCCUGUUGCAUUCCCUGAGCCGGUUUUUGACAAAGGCUUGUCCGACAUGUUAGUUAAUGGAAGAGAGUGGUUGUCCUUCUCUCUAAAGUUUGCUGUCAUAACUACGAUAUUUGGCUGCAACAAAGUGAUUUCUGCUUUCUUUUUUUAUAUAUAUAAUUGGCUAAUUUGUGUAUGUGUGUUAUUUUUCUUCAUCAGAGAGAAAAUGUGUUGAUUGUCUGGAUGUAAACUGGACAUUCUCAUGAGUUCAUUUGCCAAAGUCGAACCCUCUGUAUCCAUGGUAACUAGAUCAAGUCUUUUUUAUGGGUAUCCUCUAACGUCUGUGUGAAGCUAUUUCUCGCUGUUCUCACAACCACACAGACACAGAUGCACGCACACACCCAUACAUACACACACAUAUUUUUUUUCCACUCCAUGUCCUUGUUCCUUUUUUUUACCUCAUCUUUCUCCUCUCCCACUCCGUUCCAUCCUUCGUUAUUGUUUCUUAUCCUUAAAAACUCUUUGUCUUCUCUCAAUACGGCUGCUUCCAGUGUCCUUCUUUUACAUGUCCCCUGUCCCUCUUUUCCCUCAUUCUCUGAUUCACAUACAGUAUGUAAAAUGCAUUAUAUAAACCAUGCACAGGCUCCACUACACACCCACAGAUGCAGUACUUUUAUUGAUCUGCCAACAAGUGGACUUUGGUCAUGUAUGUGGAGUUGUGUUCCUUUUUUUGGUGACCGUCCACCUCUGUAUUACUUGAUAGUAGUGUCUUCUGUAAAAGGCAAGGUAGGUAAAGUGGGAUAAAAUCAAUUGCAUUAUGUGGACGUUUACAUAAAUUUCAUUAAGUGUAAAAUGACAUAUGUUACAUUGUUCCCUCUGGUUGCUAUUCUUUAACAGUGUUUUGCACACUGAUCACAACAGUGUCAUGUUAUUGUGUCAGAUCAGUAAUUUACAGC